AAACUCAAGGACUUGCAUGGUGAGUGCAGUAGCUUUGGAGGUGAUGGUGCAGGAGGAAACAGUUGCUUUCCAAAGAGACAUUUCGUUCUGUCUGUGGGCAGGAGGCUCAGCACCUGGCUGCCUGGGGAGUCCAGGCUCUAACCUGACUUCAGCACCCACCUCGUUGCCCACCCACGUGGGAAGGAAAGGCUCUACCUCCUUUACUGAGUGUAGGUGCAGCUCUUGGUGGCAGUGGAGUGGGGGGGUCAUUCCUCUCUUACCUGGUGAGAAGGGAGUUUCAGAAUUCAGAAGCCUCUGAGUAAGCAGGAGAGCCAAGCCCUGUCUUGCAUGGCUUCCCUCAGGCUCACUGGGUUUCAGCCUAGAAAACGGACCAAAGCAUGAGGUUCCAGCUUUGAAUGAUUUUUCAUCCUCCACCCAUUUUAUCCCCAAACCCUUCAAGGUGAGGUCUACCCUCCCUUCCCUCCAGGGAACAGCCUCUCCCUACCAGCUGGGUAUGCACAGCCUGGGUGCUAUUGAGUGCUCUCAUCUAACUGUGGGUCUUGGCAGCUACUCUGGGAGCAGGGUGUCUAGUGCCCUCACCCUGUGAUCUUCAGCCUCGAACCAUCCUUUCCCUUGUUAGGGUCGAGAAACAUCCGCCACCCAAGGAACAACUCCAAGAGACACUUGCAAUCAGCAAGGGGUUUAUUGAAACCAGCAUGCUGGUGCUCUCUGAACACGCAGGAACAGAGCAGCCCCGAGACGUCAAGGGUCAGGGUUUUUAUAGGGUUUUCAGAGACAUUCCACCAUUUAGCGAAUCAUCUCACCCGCGGGAAACUCAUUAUCGAAUCAACCCACACCUCUGGAAACUCAUUAUCGAAUCAACCCACACCUCUGGAAACUCAUUAGCAAAUCAACCCACACCGAAGGAAACUCAUUAGCAUGUGCGGGGAGUUCAAAGGACAUCUGGCUAGAAGGAUGGGUGAGGCAAGGGUUACACAGCUUUGGCCCCUCAUCCUCACACAGGUGCAGCUGUAAAUAUAAGGAACCGGAACUAUACAACCCCUGCCCCACCGGGUUUCAGCUUUGGGGAAGGAGGUUUAGGCCUGCAGUUUUAAUUCUUCACCCUCUUUGGCAGAUUGCCAUGAUCUCACCAGGGGUAAGUUCCUGUGAAAAUACUUUAAACCCACUCCGCUAUGCAGACAGGUACUAGUACCUAUAGCCAGGUAGGAUGUGGGCUGGCAUCGGGGAAGGAAAUGGCAAUGCUGGAAGGGGAAGGCUUGGGGACCUCAGUGUCGGCUAUGUCCUGUGACUCAGAAAUCUGAGGCUUGGGAUUUCAGCCAUGAUGCCAGGUCUGUCCCUUCCUCUCUGGGCCUUGGUGAAUCAGCCGUGUCUGUUUGUUAACCAGGCCAGCUUCAUCUGUACACCGCUUCUCCUUGGCUGAAGGCAAAGGUGCUCCUCCACCCCUUGUAUCCUGGGUGGGGCUGCCUUCCUGCGGUGGGUACCAGGGAGCUGCUGUGGGAUCCCAGAGCUUGUUGUUUCCUCAGAGUCAAGGAACUGAAUCCCCACAGAGGGCCCAGUGGAGAGAAGCUAACUCAGAUGGAAACAGAAGAGAUGGAAGCCAGCUCUAAGGGGGCCCGGAGUGCAAGCAACUUCUCCAACGAAGAGGAUGAACUGUCUUCCCAGGUGUCCAGCUUUAAUGAAGCCACGACCCAGAUCAGGGAGCUGGAAGAGAGGGCCAAGGAAGAGCUCAAGGAAAUUGUGCAGCAAGGACCAGGCUGGCUUGAGCUCUCCAUGAUGACUGAGCAGCCAGAUUAUGACCUGGAGACUUUUGUGAACAAAGCGGAAUCUGCCCUGGCCCAGCAAGCCAAGCACUUCUCGGCUCUGCGAGAUGUCAUCAAGGCUUUGCGUGUGGCCAUGCAGCUGGAAGAGCAGGCCAGCAGACAGAUAAGCAGCAAGAAACGGCCCCAGUGACAACUGCAAAGGAAAGAUCUGUUUCACACCCUCCUCUGCAAACUUUGGGCACCUGUGGGUUGGCCAGGGUCUGAGCUGGGAUGGGUGUCAGUAAAUGCCAAGUAUGGGGGCAUGGGUCCCAGGGCAGCUGGGGAGGGGUCAGAGGGACACUGGAUGCUACUUUCUGUUUCCUCAGUUGCCCCCCUAAGGGGGGCAAGCAAGGAGGACAUCCUAGUUACUUGCUGUGUAUUGCUUGCUGGGGGAGGGCUCCCUGGGGACAGAAGAAGCUGGGGUUCAGCUCUGCUGACGCUGACCUGCUUUCCACACUCUUGGUCCAGGCUCUUAUGUCUUCUAACUGAAAAAAGAGUUUCUGGGAUUUCCUCCUUCCUUGCUAUUUUUAAAGCCCGAGAGGAUCCCUGCUGUUUUAUGUGUUUAUUCAUGUGUCUCACAAUAAAGCAAGAAAAAAAAUUAGCCUUUUGAGUGGUGUAGGGGGAGGGUCUAGGAUGUGUCUGAGCCUUCUGGGACACAGGACAGGACCACAGCAUGACCUCUGGGCAGUGCUGGCUCAGUACUACCCCUGCAGUUUCUGUGACAGGCUGAAGCCUCCACUCUGACACAUUGCUCUGUUUGAUUAGGCACUCAGGAGGCUCUGGGCCCUUUCCUAGAGAAAGGAACUAUAAAAAGGAGAUGGCCUUCUGCCUAUUAGAGUCUAUUCAAGAGAGGUUGAAGAUUCUGUGGGAACACUAACAAGAAAGUGCUUGACUUGCUGGACAAGCAAAGGAUCUGAAGGACCACACCAAUUUGAUCUCAGAAAAUGAGAAGUUUGCCGAGUUGUCUGAGCCAAACACAGGGCAGGGGCAGUUUACAAACUGGAAGACUCCACAUUCCAAGUACAGAGUAUGAAGUACUGAAUGGUAAUGAGGUCAUUAGUUUCAAGGCUAGGAGCCAUGGAAUCAAGUGCCUGGUCAGGAGGCUUCAGUCAGGGAUAUGAGCAGGGGCGCUACCGCUGAAACUCCAGGGAACACGGGGGUCAGCGCACCAGGUUCUGGCCCUCAGCCUGAUGCUUCCUUUGUGAAACAAGGACAGUCUACCUCCUGGUGAGAGAAUUACUAGUUUCAGGAACCAUAACAUUUGAAUUUCUGGAUUGAGAAAUUUGGCCUGGUCAAAAGCUUGACAAAUGACACCAUCUCUGUGACCUUAAAAAACCUUCCAGAAAGAUGGGCCAAGUCCUUGGGCACUUGUACCCAAAUGGGAGACCCAGAAGAAGCUCUUGGCUCCUGGCUUUGGCCUGGCCUAGUCCUGGCCAUUUUGGCCAUUUGGGGAGUGAACCAGUGGAUGAAAGAUUCUUUCUCCUCUCUAUAUAUUUCUGCCUUUCAAAUAAAUGAAUAAACCUUAAAUUAAAAAAAAAAUAGCAGCCGGCGCCGUGGCUCAAAAGGCUAAUCCCCCACCUUGCAGCGCCAGCACACCGGAUUCUAGUCCAGGUCGGGGCGCCAGAUUCUGUCCCGGUUGCCCCUCUUCCAGGCCAGCUCUCUGCUGUGGCCAGGGAAUGCAGUGGAGGACAGCCCAAGUGCUUGGGCCUUGCACCCCAUGGGAGACCAGGAGAAGCACCUGGCUCCUGCCUUCGGAUCAACGCGGUGCACCGGCUGCAGCACGCUGACCAUGGCGGCCAUUGGAAGGUGAACCAACGGCAAAGGAAGACCUU